UCGAACCAUUUAUGUAACGGUUGUAUCUACCAAUCAGAGUAGACUACACGCUAUCUGCGUAGAAAACGAAAGUCGAAACAUAGAGAACGCACUUCUAAUUCACUUGCUUUUCGUGAGGUUCAGUAAAUUAUAUCAUAAAAACCUAGCAAAAAUGGCCGGCGACAAGGCAGUCUCCACCGUCUCGAAGCCCGUGAUGAGGGGCCUCCUGAAUGCCUCCAUCAAGCGUAACCUCUUCAUUUCCCUCGCCUUGGCCGCCGUCAGCGGAGUUGCCUUCAAACAGCUGAUCGGCACCGAGCGCAAGAGGAAAUACGCCGAGUUCUACAGGAACUAUGACGCCGAGAAGGAGUUCGAAGAGAUGAAGAAGAAGGGGCUGUUCCAGUCGUGCUGAGCGCACAAUACGUAGUGUAAAAUUAAUUUAAUCGCUGUAACACGUUAAAUAAAUCAUAAAUUAAU